AUAAUUGGUAUACAACAAUUUUGAAAUGACGGUUAAGGGUGUUUUUUUAAUGGAAUAUCACAAUUUUAAUUUUGAAUCCCAAAUACAACCAAAUCCUGUAAACUAAACCCCUAAACCCAACCGGCGUCACCGCAACAAGCGUGGAUUCAGCUAGAGAAAAAUUAAGAAAACUGCAGAAUGGAGGAAUCGUCGGUGCUAAACAAGAUGUUGCUUAAUCUUCGCGCAACGUGCAAGUACUAUACUGGCUAUCCAAGGGAUCUAGGACCAUCAAAAGUUGUUCAUUUUACCUCGGAGCGUGAAUUUGUACAGCUUCUUCACCAAGGUCACCCUGUGGUUGUUGCAUUUACCAUAAAAUGUAACCUCACCAAACGUCUAGAUAGAGUACUGGAAGAAGCUGCAGCAGAGUUCCAUCCUCAUGUAAAAUUUAUGCGUGUUGAGUGCCCAAAGUAUCCUGGAUUUUGCAUAACACGCCAAAAGACGGAAUAUCCCUUUAUCGAAAUAUUUCACAGUCCAGAACAGGCAGCUGAUCAAGUGAAGGCUGUUGAUCCAAAUAUCACAAAGUACGCUGUCAAAGUAUUACCAUUCAAUUAUGAUGUCAGUGCCUAUGGAUUCAGAGAGUAUUUCAAGCGCAACGGGAUCAAGUCUUCCUACUGAAGUGUGUGGAUGUAGAUUGUAGAUCUCUAUCUUUCAUGAGAAUGCAGAAUAUAUCUUGUUGGUUCAACUCUCUGUCCGAAAUAAUACUAUUUCCAUAGUUUCAUAUCUAUUUGUCCAAAAUUUAUCCAACAAUCACGAUGCCUAUUUAGGCACCGUUUGGUAGCUAUAUUACAGCUAGAUAAUAGGACUAGAACUUUAUGAAAUUUUUCCAACAUUAGACAUCUUUUUCGAAGAACGUUGAUGUCAUUUAACAUGCAAAUCGUUUAUGCAAA